AUGACUCUGCCAACCCCACUUCUCCUCUCCGUCCUCUCUCUCAUCCUCCUCCCCUCCCCCUCCGCCGCAAACGAGGAUGCCGCCUUUGUCAUCCAAGGCGACUGCAAUCUCAUCUUAUACAACAAAGCCAACGGCUUCCAGUCCAACACCCACGGCUUUGGCACCAAUUGCACCCUCACCCUCUCCGAUCACGGCCAACUCCUCAUCAAAGACGGCCAAGGCUUACAAGUCUGGUCCUCUCCCGGCGGAUCUAAGAAGGGCAAAUACGUCGCCGUCCUUGGCCCAGACGGUAUUCUCAACGUCUUCGGACCCUCGAUCUGGUCCACCCCUCCACUCUCUUCUCCUUCCGCUGCCAUCGACGCCGAGUUGAGCAAUCUACCUUUUGUGCGCAAUGUGUUGUUCUCCUCGCAGGUUCUGCACGAGAGCUCGAAGCUGACGAGCAGAGACUACACUUUGGAGAUAACGGAGGACUGUAAUCUGGAGUUUACUAAAGCGUCGGUGGGAGUGGUGUGGCAAAGCGAGACUAACGGUAAGGGGCAGCAUUGCUUUGUUAGGCUUGACGGCCAUGGACGGCUUGCAGUGGUGAAUGACCAUUACAAGGUUUUGUGGUCGAGCAAGCCGGUGGGUGUCGAAGGGGAAUAUGUUCUUGUUGUUCAAAUUAACGGGCAGGCUGUUGUGUAUGGGCCUGUGGUGUGGUCCACUGGUUCUUGCUGUUUUGGGAAUUUGGAUCGAUUUGCUUUGAGGGUUUCUGGUUUCAAUAAACUGGAGGAGGACAAAUAA